AUGUUCACCCCUGUUGCCAAACGUUUCUCCGCGUCCGUCAAGCGCCUCCUAGGGGGUGCCGGCGGUAGCGGGAAGCAGGUGCCGUUCCCCGUCGAGUUCGUCACCGGGCCCGAUGCGGGAAGGGUCAUCACGCCUUCGGGCAAGCGGCCCGUGGACCUGGAGUGCUUGCUUGCGUCCUUCAUUGACGCGCCGGCCUCUGGGAACGCGGUCGCUAUCGCCGUGGUCGACGUGGCUGCCCAGGCCGUCGACCACUCGGACGUCCUUGCAGAGGUGUCCGACUCCGUCGCCACGGUUUCUGCCGCCACCGCCUCCCAGCGUUCCGCCGACUUCGCUGCUCGCCCCGCCAACGUCUCUGCUCGUCUCGCCAAGGUCGCCUCCGCCGUCGCUCCUUCCGCCGUCCCUGCUGUCUGCCUCUCCGCCGGUCUCGCCGCUCGCCAGUCUCGCCGUGCUCGCUCUUCGCCGUCGCCUGCUGCCUCGCCCUUGUCGACCUCUGCUCUGAUCGCUGAACGUGCUGCCAUCUGCCCCUGGGAGACUUCGUCGCCUACCGCCACGCCUGCUGCUCGCCCUCGUGUCUCCCGCCAUGCUGCCACUCCGUCCUCGACCUCGACCUCAACUGUCGCCUCCUCUACGUCGGCCACUUCCCGCUUCUCCGUCUCCGCCUCUAUCAACACCGCAACGUCGUCUACGCUCUCCGUUCCUGCUUCGAUCUCUACGCUCUCUUCGCUCCGCCGACCCUCGCUCUUCAAGGCAAAGUCCCGCUCCUCCUCUGUCACGUCUAUCGCUGUCUCUGUCUCCGUCGACAUCUGCUCCGUUCCCGACUUCUCGCUUGCCAGCGGGAAUUACUAG